AUGAAUUUCUUCAGUCAUCGAGGGAGUAAUGUUUUCCGGGUGAAGAAGGGUAAGGAGAAACCGAAGUCGCCCUUUCCUCCUCCGGAGGAUCCCUUCCAGAAAUUGCCCGCUGAGCUGCUUACUGCGAUCUCGGCGAUGUUGCCGAUCCAAGAGGCUGCAAGGACCAGCGUGCUUUCCAGUCGCUGGCGGAACAAGUGGAGGGAACUCCCCAGCAUUCACUUGGGCGAGAAUAUAACCACUCGAUACAGCAAAAAAGGUUUCCCCAUCUCAUGUUUUGAUGGCCUGGACAAAUUCCUGAGCUGGAUGGGCGAUAUCAUCCGCCAGAUCGAAGAGCGGAGGGAGAGUCAGAGCACCAAAGGCCAAGACUUUUGGAUUGAAUCGUUGGGGCUGAAUUUCAGGGAAGAGCUGGAGAAUGAAUCCGAUGAUGAUGAGUACAGAUCCUGGAUCGAAUUGAACCAGGAGUUCCCUACAAUCGUUGGAGGUUUUAAGAACUGCGACAUGGAAACCCUAGAGAAACACCUCAAGAAGGUUGAAGGGUUCUUCAAGUCGUUGAAAUCCCUUGUCAUUCAAUUUGGGGAUUCAAUCAAUGCUGGAUUCGUGACGAAUCUGAUCUCCGGAUGUCCAUCUCUCGAGACCGUCAGGUUGGAGGGCUGCUCUUUUGUUUUCCCAGAAUUUGAAGAUCCUGGUGAUCAUUUCUUCGCUGUGAGGACGAGCAACGACAAUACCUGCCUCAAGAGAGUGACUUUAUCACGAUGCACAGGGGUGGCUGGCUUCACCUUGUUUCGUGGCGGUGAACAUAGAGGAAUACUUCGCUUGGAAGGGACGAUGUCCGCGGCCGACUUGAUUUUGACCCUCGAUCCUAGUUCCUGUAAAGCGAGACAAGACGAAGCUCUGGGCCCUGUCGUUCCCCGUGUUCCGCCGCGUCGUCCCCUGCCACCUCUGGCGGUUGUUCCUCGUGUCGCCCCUCGUCGUCUUCGGGUUGCGAUCCGUCGCAUCCAGCUUGCUCCACCUGCGGAGGCUAUCUCAUGCUCCAUGGAGGAGGAGGAAAAGGAGGAGGAGGAGGAAGAGGAGGAGGAAAUUGCAUCAGAGCAGGACCAAGUUAUUCUUGACUAUCAUGCUCGAUUGGAUCGCAAAUUCAAUAAGAAACUGUCUUUGUGGUAA